AUGACCGAUGCGUGCGGCGUGCUCAGCGACAUGGUCCAUAGCUGCAUGGUUCCGGCCUACAACAGCAUCCACCAUCAGAAGGAGACGAUCGACAAGAUGAGCAGGAUGGUUCGGCGGCUCCCUCGGGCCAUCACCGCGAACAUGCCGAGCCACGUUCAAGACACGAUGGCGAACCGCACCGCGGCUAUGCUGAACAUGGCCUACGCACACAACCUGGCGCUUAAGCAGGUCGCGACCGUCAUCGUCAAAGAGGCCUCGCCGGUUGUCCUCAGCCGCCUCCACUGCGCUAUCAGCGGGGCGCCCCAACGCCGCGGACUCGGACUCGGCUUCGGCGUCGCCACCGUCGCCGCCGCGGUGGCCUGGCUGGUGCAGUGA